GUUUUCCGCAAGAUGUCUGCGUCCUGGACAAUGUGAAAGUUAUAUUUUAGUAAAUCUCAACUUGAUAAAUUCGUUGUAGAAUAUAUCUAUAUUAGUUUAGAUCUAGAUCUAUUAUUUAGUCCUCUCAUUUUAUUUACAAGGUUUUAUAAAAAAAUUAAAAGAUGGCUUUUGUGAAGAAAGUUAAUAGAUCUUUUUGCACUUGUUCAAUGUACUUGACACAGCCAUCACGAAGAAUUAGAAGUCAAAUACAGGUUUUAUUCCGAGACGUAGUUGAUUCACAAAUACUUAUCCACAGAAGUAUUGUCUCUCAUUGCUGUUCUAUUUCACGCAAACAAAAUUCAAAUAUUUUUAAUACUUUGAGGAAUCAUCAGUCAUUACACCCUCUGAUAAAUUUGACAUGGGUUAAAUAUAACAGCACUAAUGUCCCGGUUGUAAGUGACAUACUUGCUGAAUUUGACUUAAAGCAAUUAAAAGAGGAAUCCAAGAAAGAAAAGACCACUACUGUAGAUUCAAAUGCCGCUUUUAUGAAUAAAGUGAAAAGUAUCAUUGCAGAGAAGAGUAAAGAAAAAAUUGAAAAUUUGAAUGAGGAAGAUAAGAAAAAACUCAAAGUUAUUCAGUUGGAGCAUAAUUUUUUAUAUUCUGAAGGCUUCUUAAUACCUAGUGCUGAAGAAAUGAAGGAUGAACACUGGCUGGAAGCAUUAAACUUGCCAUCUAAAGGCAAAAGGCUUAGAUUCUACUCUUUUGUUAAAAAAAGGUCAAUAUUAAAAGAAAAUGAGAAAUCAAAAAAGGCUGCUAAAAGAGCGGCAGUUGAAGAACAAGGACGUGUACUUGCAGAACCAUAUGAACAUGGGAAAUUGUUUCUACGUAUCUAUGAUUCCACAAUCAAAAAACAACAGACCUAUAACCUAACAAGAAGCAUGGAGUUUGGAAUUCCAUUGGUUAUUGAUAUGGAUUAUGUGAAUCACAUGCCGCCUAGGGAGAUAAAAAGUACAGCUACUCAGCUGAUGUUGCUCUACUCACUCAACAGAUCAGAUGACAGACUUCCAUAUCACUUACAUUUUACCAGCUGUCCCGAAGAUAAUCCAAUAUACAAAUUGAUGCAGAUAGAAUUGAAUGACACCCCAGACAUUAUGGGAACAGUAACAGCAAAAAGUUAUCUCGACCUCUUUGAUAAAGAUCAACUUGUUUACUUAUCACCAGAUGGAAGACAGACAAUGAAUGAGUUUGAUCCAACAGCUGUUUACAUUAUUGGAGCAUUUAAUGAUAAGGCAACUCAACAACCUGUUUCUUAUGCUAGAGCAAAGCAACAGGGCAUCAGGAGUAUGAGAUUUCCAUUUGAUAAUUAUGUAAAUUGGAGCCUGGGUUCGAAGAGCAUCACUCUUGACCAGGUGAUGAAAAUAAUGACCUCUUUAAAAAAUAAUGGCAAUUGGAAAACUGCUCUGAAAGUUGCUCUGCCAAGUAGAAAAACAAAAUCUUGAAUUAAAUGUACACUGCUUUUAUUAAUAAAAUAACUAUU